GCUCCUUAAAUAUAUAUACUCAUAGCAACCCCAGCCACACCUUUCUAUUGAAUGAAAAUCAGCUCCACACAAUGUUGGCGCUCCUCCGGCCAGCUCUGUGGCUGGGAAGCUGCCUUCGUGGCUACCACAUGCCUGCCGCCUCUUCGCAGCAGCGGGGCGACACGUCCUUGGUUCUGGUGGACGAGGCCCGUCGCUUCAUUCAGGACUGCCUGAUGCGGGUUGGAGUUUCGCCCACCAAGGUGCGCUGCGUCAGCGAGUUCCUGGUUGUUGCGGACUAUCGAGGGAACCAUGGAAACGGGCUGAAUCGCCUGGAUUACUACCUGAGUGAUCUGCAGUGUGGACAUGCCAAGGUGCACGCAGAGCCUUCGAUAAUCAGCGAGACGGUGGCCACCGCCCAUGUAAAUGGCAACUCCGCCCUGGGUGUCUUUGUGGGAAACUUUUGUAUGGAUCUGGCGGUGAAGAAGGCGGAAAAUGCCGGCAUCGGUUUCGUGGUGGCCCAGCAAUCUCAUGACAUUGGCAUGGCCAGCUGGUUUGCAUUUCGCGCUGCCGGUAAGGGAUUAGCCGGAAUUGUGAUGUCCAACUCGGCUCCAACGAUGAUGGGUCCCAACUCAAAGUCCGCCAGUAUUGGCUCCAACUGCUUUGCCUUCUGCGUAAAGGGUGAGGAGUACCACUUUGUUCUAGACAUGGCGACCAGCGUGAGGGACAUUGGAGCCGUGGAAUGGGCUUGGGCCAACGAUGAGUAUAUACCGCAUGGCUGGGCGGCCAAUGAGGGAGGCCUAUCCACCUGCUUUCCCAGCUUGGCGCUAAGAUCACCUUUACUCUUUCCCGCUGGUGGCCACAAAGGCUACUGCCUGUCAGCCGUGAUAGAUAUUCUAUGUGGAGUGCUCUCUGGUGCCCAAUAUGGCACUCAUAUAUCCCAAGACCAGAACAGUCCAGCGAACUUGGGUCAAGUAUUCAUUGCUCUCGAUCCAGAAUUCUUCUUGCCCAACUUUAUGGAACGUUUGGAUGACUUCUGUGGUCGCAUCCAGAAUAGUCAGCCGGCGGACAAGGCGGAACCCAUCCGGCUGCCUGGCGAACUGGAGCGGAUGCAUAUGAACUACGUGGACGAUUUGCGGGCUUUGCCCUAUCCCCAUAGUCUUUUGACCAAGUACAGGGAUGUGGCGGAAAGGCUGUGCGUAAAGCCCAUCGAGUUGGCUUUCGAAGGGCAUCGGUCGAGGAAGAGCUUUUAGUCUCACUCUAAACGU